UCUUUGAUCGCUUUAGUCUGCGUUUGUUUUUGACACAGUCAACAUCUUUGCUGUCCGAAAUGGCUCAGGAUCCGCAACCACUUUACUUUGCCGUUGGUCCUGGCCCCAACGAGAUCACCUGUCCGUACUGCAGGACGAAGGGCAAGACCCGUGUGGUGCGUUCCUGGCUGCGAUGCUGCACCAAAAGGCACCACUGUGGUGCCUGCGGGGAGUACCUGGGCGUAUUCCGCCGUCCACAGCUGUAGAUCAUCACUGAAGAUGUCAUCCGCUCGAUUUGUUAACACAAGGAGAAAUAAUAUAACAAAAUGCUAAGCUUUUUAAUGAAAAAGGUGCCUUCUUGUAGAAUAUUUUAAUGUUU